AUGCUUACCGGAUGCGGUGCCAAAGUCAGGAUUAAAAUACUCAGUCUGCCAAACCUGACCAAAUCAAGCUUAUUGGUCACUCUUUGGUUCCCCAAUCUCAGUUCCUGCAUAUAUCCAAGGUCAAAGCGCCUAUGCUACGUAACAGCAUAUUCCGGCUGUACUCUCACACCUUCCCCAUCAACCACAAGAGCACUGGUCAUGUCUGUGAGUUCUGUGGUGACACCUUCACUGAACUCUGCAACCUACAUGAGCAUUUCUUCUUCAAAUGCAGGAAUUUUGGGAUGUUGGUGGACAAUACAAAUUUUGUCACGUACGAGACACUACUACCAAAAUACUGCUUCCAUAAUUUUCGUUAUUGAUGCUACAAAUUACGAAAGAGUCAGUGAAGUUCAAGAGGAGAUUGCCAAAUUGACCACAGAAGAAUCUUUUUCAGGAACAAAUUUGCUUCUAUUUUUGAAUAAACAAGAUCAACCAAAUGCAAUAAACUUUUCACAAAUGAUAGAACAACUCAGACUCAUGAUAUUAAAGAUAGAAAAUACUACUACUGGUGCUGGUAUUUUCGAAGGUUUAGAUUGGUUAUCACAAAGUCUAAAGAAAUAA